CAACGCAGCUCCAGAGCUCCAUCUCCUAGUUUGGAAACCAAGCAAUUGGAGAAAUUUCUCAGUUAGUUCCAAUAGAAAUUUCAGAAUUGAAUAUCAAUGGCUUGGUUUAGAUCACAUGUCUAUGUCAGAACCAACUGUUGCAGCCAGUGGAGUGGAAUAUGCUCAUCGGUCUGCCCUGAAUUACAUCACCUCCCCUUUCCACAGAGCUGAGGACCACACAGGAUAACAGCGGUGAGCAGUGGUUACCAAAAGGGAAAACAAGCCACUAUGGAAGGCCCUGAGCUGCCACGUCCCACCGGCUCCCAUGCCCAGAAUGGCCUGCACUGAGGUCCCGCAUCAGCUAGCACCCCAGCAGCCCCAGCCUAUCUCUGCAGGAGCCACCACCACCAACACUGCAGUCCCUGCUGGGGGUCAUCGCGGGUCCACGGAUCGUGACCUGGAAUGCCUGGUGUGCCGGGAGCCCUACAGCUGUGCCCGACUUCCUAAGCUGCUGGGCUGCCAGCACUCCUUCUGUGCUGUCUGCCUGAAGCUUCUGCUGUGUGUGCAGGACAACACCUGGUCCAUCACCUGCCCACUGUGCCGUAAGGCCACCACCGUCCCCGGAGGCCUCAUCUGCAGCCUGCGUGACCAGGAGGCCGUGGUGGGACGGCUAGCCCGGCCAUGCUCAGAGGUGUGGCUCUGUCCUCAGGAGCUGCUGAGUCCUGCCACCUUGACAGCAGGGCACCCCGGCUUGGCAGGAGAGGAUGGGCAGGAGGUGGCAAGUGCCAAUCGCGUGGCAGCCCGGCGCCUGGUGGCACACCUGCUCCUACUGGUCUUGCUCAUUCUCCUCAUCCUGCCCUUCAUCUACCCCAGCCUCAUCCAGUGGGCACUCUUCAUCAUCAUUGCCCUGGUCUUGCUGAUGGCUGCCCUCUUCUGCUGUCACCCCAGCAGCCAGGGCGGCUGCUGGCCCUCCCCCAGGACUCUCUUCUGCAGAGAGCAGAAACACAGCGAGAUCUCUUCUGUUGCCUGAGUGCAGCCCGCCCAGGCCCCGUUACUCUCACAGUGAACAGGGUAAAGGGCCAUGAUGUAAGACUGGCUCCCUCGGGAGAUGAAAUGCCAGCCAGACUUGCAAGCCAAAGCCAGAAUGGCUAUCUUGGGUCAAGAACUACGUGCUUGGAUGAUAGACUCAUCUGUCCAUGGUACAGCACAGCUAACCUGUUUGGGGUGGGGA